GCAUCCGCCGCGGCCCCGCGCCCCCGCCUCCUCCGAAGAAACCGAGCUGAAGUGCUAAGUUUGAAGAAAGUCUUUGAAACUCACGCCGCAGCCUAGCAAAGUCCUCGUGGCCCAGGAGCCCCGGCUGUUUCCUUUUCAUCCCCUUCCCUGCAAAUUGGGUUCCCCAGCGCAGGCCGCGGGUCCCCAAGGACAGGAGCGGGAGGCUUGUUUGGCUCCAACUUCUUACCCUGGAACUCCCUAGCGCGGCUCCCAGGCCUGCGUGGAGUUACCGAAAAGCUCGGAGAAGCGACAGGUCCUCUAGGGCCCUGAUCCACGCCAGUUCCUGACCCCCGAGAGCGGUGCCUCCGGUUCGGGGCAACUGGGGAAGCCAAGCUUCGACCCUCCAGCCCGGGUCAGCGCGAGCGACGCCGCCGAGGCCUAGUUCUCCGGCGCGGACAGGGUGCUGGGGCCGCGGGCUCAGCUGGUAGGGUAGGCAGAGAGCGCACGGGACCUGAUGCCCUCAAACCUCCCAAAUCUGCCAGAUCCUUUGGGGCACAGUCCCCGCCCCGACCCCACUGUCCACACCAGGACCCGGUAGAAAGAAGGACCGCUUGAGUUGGUGAAGAAAGGCCUGCGGCUCCGACGAGGCACCCCUAACCUGGGGCCGUGUCUUAGACCCGCCGAGGCCACAGUGGCCCCUUCUGCGUCUUCUGGCCGGCUGGGGGGGACCUGGGCCGAGCCCCAAGACCCAACAGAGCUUGAAGGACUGCGCGGUGGUAGCCCCGCAUUGCGCCUGGCCCCCUGGAUCCGUCGGGGCGCCUUCACCCGGCUGUUAGCAUGAUGUCUUACCUCAAACAACCCCCAUAUGGCAUGAACGGGCUGGGCCUGGCUGGGCCCGCCAUGGACCUCCUGCACCCCUCCGUGGGCUAUCCGGCCACUCCACGGAAGCAGCGGCGGGAGCGCACCACUUUCACGCGCUCGCAGCUGGACGUGCUCGAGGCGCUCUUCGCCAAGACUCGCUACCCUGACAUUUUCAUGCGCGAGGAGGUGGCGCUCAAGAUCAACCUGCCGGAGUCCAGAGUCCAGGUCUGGUUCAAGAACCGUCGUGCCAAAUGCCGCCAGCAGCAGCAGAGCGGGAGCGGGACAAAGAACCGCCCGGCCAAGAAGAAGUCGUCCCCGGUGCGUGAGAGCUCGGGCUCCGAAAGCAGCGGCCAGUUCACGCCGCCCGCUGUGUCCAGCUCCGCCUCGUCCUCGAGCUCGGCUUCCAGCGCUAACGCCUCGUGUAUGCAGCGCUCGGUAGCGGCCGGCGCGGCCUCGGCUGCAGCCUCCUAUCCCAUGUCCUACGGCCAGGGCGGCAGCUCUGGCCAGGGCUACCCCGCGCCCUCCUCCUCCUACUUCGGCGGUGUGGACUGCAGCUCCUACCUGGCGCCCAUGCACUCGCACCACCACCCGCACCAGCUCAGCCCCAUGGCACCAUCCUCCAUGGCGGGCCACCAUCACCACCAUCCCCACGCACACCACCCCUUGAGCCAGUCCUCCGGCCACCACCACCACCACCAUCACCACCACCACCAGGGCUAUGGCAGCUCAGGGCUCGCCUUCAACUCUGCCGACUGCUUGGAUUACAAGGAGCCUGGCGCCACCGCAGCUUCCUCUGCUUGGAAACUCAACUUCAACUCGCCCGACUGUCUGGACUAUAAAGACCAAGCCUCGUGGCGGUUCCAGGUAUUGUGAGCCCAGGAGUGGGAGAGGAGGAAGAGAAACGAAACUACCUACGCUCCCUGAGGCCCCCGUCCUGUUGCUGCUGCUGCACCC